UGAGGGAAACGUUCUACUCACACUAAGAGGAGAGAGGACACAUCUGCUACAUCUGGACACCAGGACUUUGUCCACAUUUAAUCUUUAAUAACAAAAAAUACCAUAAUAUAUAAUGUUGUGUUCCAGUAUCUUGCAGCAUGAAAAAUUAAACUUUUACUUUACAAUUAAUUAAUUUAAAGAAUUAAAUGAUAAUACCUCAUAUAAAAUGUGUAAAUUUUGAGGUACAAAGUUUUUAGAUCAGGGCAUGUGCUCAUUCAAAGUCAUUGAUCAGCAUCAGGCAGCAGAUCUGCUCUCUACAGGGUCACCACUUUCCCAGAUUCUCCCUCCAUCACCCCCCCAGUCCUCCACCUGUUCCCCUGAGAUCCAACUAUUGUCUCCGGCUCAUAUGACAACUGAGCAUGUGGCAGCUCCACAGUCCCUUUCUCUUUUUCAGGCUCUCUGAUUGGCUGAGACUGUGGGAACCUGCAGCCAGACCCAGACCCACACAUUGAUAUGGAGAUGUGGGACUAUAAAUAGGAGGGAUGAAGGCAGCAGAGAUCAGAUUGUCUCUACACAGACCUCUACAGCACAGAGAUCCACACAUGGCUCCUACAAUCACUGCAGCAAGGACCAACUCUCAGGAGCAUCUGACUCGGAGCCACAAGCUCAGAAAGCCUCUGGUGGAGAAGUUACGCAGAGAGCGAAUCAACAGCAGCAUCGAGCUGCUCAAGUCUCUCCUGGGUCCAGAGUUCCUCAACCAGCAGCCAGACUCCAAGCUGGAGAAAGCAGACAUCCUGGAGAUGACAGUUUGCUUCCUGACACAGCUGCUGCAGCAGAACCAGCAGCAGAGAAGACUGAUGAAGCACUUCAACAAGCUGCAGUCUUCCUCUGAGGAGAAGCUGACAGAGGCUGACUUCUCUCCUCUGAGCUCCACAGUCCACAGCAGCAUCACCAAAGACAGGUCCAGUCAGCAGCGCCCCUGGAGGCCGUGGUAG